GCCGACUUUACUUCCGUUUGUCAUUCGACAACCCGAAGCACGACAACCUGCUUCUCUCCAGCUCUUCACACCUAGGAGCUGAGUUUUGUGACCAGACACCAUGACACUGUUUCACUUCGGGAACUGCUUUGCCCUGGCCUAUUUCCCUUACUUCAUAACAUACAAGUGCAGUGGCCUUUCAGAGUACAAUGCCUUCUGGAGAUGUGUCCAGGCUGGAGCGACCUACCUGUUUGUCCAGCUCUGUAAGAUGCUGUUCCUCGCUACAUUUUUCCCCACAUGGGAAGGAGGAGCUGGAGUUUAUGACUUCGUCGGGGAAUUCAUGAAGGCCACAGUGGACCUGGCAGACCUGUUGGGUCUCCAUCUUGUGAUGUCUCGUAAUGCUGGUAAAGGGGAGUACAAGAUCAUGGUGGCCGCCAUGGGCUGGGCCACAGCAGAACUUGUGAUGUCCAGGUGUCUCCCUCUGUGGGUCGGAGCCAGGGGGAUUGAGUUUGACUGGAAGUACAUCCAGAUGAGCUUUGACUCCAACAUUAGUUUGGUCCACUACAUCGCCAUGGCAGCAGUGGUGUGGAUGUUCACGCGAUACGACCUCCCGAAGAGCUUCAGGCUUCCUGUGACUGUGCUGCUGGCUCUCUGUGUCUACAAGGCCUUCUUAAUGGAGUUGUUCGUCCAUGUCUUCCUGUUGGGCAGUUGGACCGUGUUGUUGGUGAAAGCCGUGCUGACUGGUGCCAUCUCUCUCUGCUCACUGUUUCUCUUCGUCACUCUGGUCCACAGCAACUAAGUACAUCUCAGCCCCCUGGGUUAAGCCUGCAACAGCCUCUGUGGUCCAGACUGGACCUGGGUUGUUCCGAUACCUUUUCAGUCUUGAGUAUCACCGUACAACACCAAAGACUACUUGUUAAUAUUGGGUAUCUGGACUGGUCUCUCGUUAAAACAAGGCUAAGCUACCAACUGGUGAGCUAACCAGUUCUUCCAGUUAGGUUUAUCCGUCUGUACAGACCAUUGAUGGAAGACAUGCACUGAAGCUUUGUUUGCUUUCAGUCCACCAGUUAAAGCUGCGGGUUGAGUGGUGACACCAGGAGUCUUCUGUAAUAUGAUUGGCUUACUACGCUGUGUUGUUUUUUGUUAAAAGAUGAAUUUUGUACCAGAACAACCACAAAUGAAAUGAGACUUUAUAUAUAACUUAUUUUCUUUGUGUUGUCCAAUGAGCCAGAGUAAAUGCUUAGAUUAGAUAGUAAAGUGAAUUUAUUACAAGUGAAUGACAGUGAUAGUUCUGUGUGUCCACCAAUUUAUCAAUUUAUUUAUCUACAAGUUAUUAUUAGUUAAAACAUAACUAGCAAGAUUUUUCAAUUUUUUUUUAAUCAUUUGUGUUAAAGAUUUAAAUAAAAAACAGGCCUGCUGUAUGAAUUAA